AUGCCGUGCGACCGCAGCAGCACAGCAGGAGCCAUCCCACCACGUACGUACACCCGUUCCCCCGUGGACGAGGUCAAGGCCUGGAUCGAGGAGGCCCGUGCCUCCCAUUUCCCGGGCCACCUUCCCCAUUCACCGCGCCACGCCCAACACUACCAGCCGACAAGUGGGGUCACCACCAUCGGCCCCACACGUCAGCGAGAAUACCCGGCCGGCGAGCGAGAACCCCACCCAGCCCAGCCCUCCUGCAGUAAAACCACGCCACACUACGGCAGAAACGGCAGACAGUUUACUGCAAACUCCUCUCCCCACGAACCACUCUCUCCCAGCCGCCGCCGCCGCCGCCACCCUUCGUCCGUCCGCCGCGGGCGCUCCCGCCCGCCGCCUCGACUCCGUAGGCCAUCCCCGAGGUCGGCCUCGGCGCCUUCCGAAGCCGAGAUGGUCGCCAUGGCCAAUGGUGUCAAGGUGGAGCCCGCCGCCGCCGCAGCAGACAUCACCGCCGCCGCCGCCGCCAACGGAAAGGCUGACUCGCCUAUUUCCGUUCUCGGGGACGAGAAAAUGCCGGAACCCAAGGUCGAGAAGGCGGCCCUCCUGGACACGCUGAAGGUGGAGGACACGGCGGACGAGUUCCUGGACGCGCCGUCGUCGCUGCCCAUCGACCUGGAGGCCAAGAACGGCGACGCGGCGCUCAUCACGGAGGUCAUGGCCAAGGAGGAGGAGGAGCUGUGCCAGGCGCGGAUCAAGGCCGAGGAGGAGGAGGAGGCCCGGAGGAGGGAGGAGGCCGCCAGGCAGGCCGUCGACCGCAAGGCGCGCUUCAACAAGCUCGACGAGCUGCUCACGCAGACGCAGCUCUACUCCGAGUUCCUGCUCGAGAAGAUGGACCAGAUCACCGAUGUGCAUUCCACGCCCAAAAAAGCUGUUGAAAUCAAGGAGGAAGAGGAACCUGUGGAGGAGCAGAAGAAAGGGCGUGGCAGGAAGAGGAAGUCCAAUGCUAAGCCACAGUAUAAUGACAAGAAGGCUAAGACAGCAGUGGCAGCCAUGCUUACAAGAAAGCGUGAAGAUGGUGCUGCUGAUGAUGGUACUCUCACAGAAGAAGAAAAGUGGGAGCAAGAGCAAGCCAACCUUGUUCCAUUAUUGACUGGUGGAAAGUUGAAAUCUUACCAGAUUAAGGGUGUUAAGUGGCUGAUUUCUCUGUGGCAAAAUGGGCUGAAUGGGAUAUUAGCCGAUCAAAUGGGCCUUGGGAAAACGAUCCAGACAAUUGCAUUUCUUGCCCAUCUCAAAGGGAAUGGUAUGCACGGUCCAUACAUGGUUAUUGCUCCCCUUUCAACUCUGUCAAACUGGUUGAAUGAGUUAACAAGGUUCACCCCAUCUGUGAAUGGUAUAAUUUACCAUGGAACUAAAGACGCUCGGGCAGAGUUGAGGAGAAAACACAUGCCCAAAACAAUCGGUCCUGAUUUUCCGAUAAUAAUCACUUCAUAUGAGAUGGCCAUGUAUGAUGCGAGGCUUCUUGCUAAUUAUAAGUGGAAAUAUGUUGUUGUAGAUGAGGGCCAUCGGUUGAAAAAUACCAAGUGUAAAUUAUUGAGGGAGUUAAAGCGCAUUCCGAUGGAUAACAAGCUCCUUUUGACUGGAACACCUCUUCAGAAUAACCUAGCAGAGCUGUGGUCACUGUUGAACUUCAUUUUGCCUGAUAUAUUCUCAUCCCAUGAGGAAUUUGAGUCAUGGUUUGAUUUUUCUGGGAAGGUAGAUGAGGAACAACAGGAAGAAAGUGAUGAGAACAAAAGAGUCCUUGUUGUCUCAAAGCUUCAUGCCAUUUUGCGUCCAUUCCUUUUAAGGCGGAUGAAGGAAGAUGUAGAACUCACGCUUCCACGAAAGAAAGAGAUAAUCAUUUAUGCUAACAUGACUGAACAUCAGAAGCAAAUCCAGAAUCACUUGGUUGAGAAGACAUUUGAUGAAUACUUGCAUGAGAACAUGGAUAUUGUUUUGCGUAAACCUGGCAUCAAGACGAAGCUAAAUAAUCUACUCAUUCAGCUGAGGAAAAAUUGCGCCCACCCUGAUCUUUUCAAUAUUUCUUUCGACGCAAACAGUCUCUAUCCACCUGUUGAUAAGCUUCUGGAACAAUGUGGCAAAUUUCAGCUGUUGGACAGAUUACUGGAUAUUCUACUCAAACGGAACCACAAGGUCCUAAUAUUUUCGCAAUGGACAAAAGUUUUGGACCUCCUUGACUACUAUUUGGAGGUAAAAGGCCUGAAGGUUUGCCGAAUUGAUGGUAGUGUUAAUUUGGAAGUUCGGAGGAAGCAGAUAGCGGACUUCAAUGACUUGAACAGUGGCAUGAAUGUCUUCAUUCUAAGCACACGUGCUGGUGGGCUUGGUAUCAACCUUACUUCUGCUGAUACAUGCAUCCUGUAUGAUAGUGACUGGAAUCCUCAAAUGGAUUUGCAAGCUAUGGAUCGAUGCCACCGGAUUGGUCAAACACAGCCAGUUCAUGUUUACCGGUUGGCAACAUCUAAUUCUGUGGAGGGACGGAUUAUUAAGAGAGCUUUUGGAAAGUUGAAGCUAGAGCAUGUCGUGAUCGGCAAGGGGCAGUUUCAACAAGAUGCCGCAAAGCCUAACGCCUUAGAUGAGGCGGAGCUGCUGGCGCUGCUUAGGGAUGAGCAGGCUGAGGAAGACAGGAUCGUUCAGACAGAUAUCAGCGACGAGGACCUUCUGAAGCUGAUGGAACGGACCGACCUCACAGGUGCUCCUGCGGCCGCUGGUGCCGCCCCUCUUGUCCCACUGAAAGGGCCUGGGUGGGAGGUGGUGCUUCCAGCCAAGGGCGGCGGCGGCAUGCUCUCUGCGCUCGCCAGCUGA